GUUUAUUCUCUUGCAACAAGAGUUUUGUUAUUUUUAUGCUUUUUGGAUGAUCGGUUUGUUAGCAAAGGCACCAUGAGUGGCUUUGACAUCACACAGCUUGUGUUUUUAUUCAUGCUUGUUUGCUGAAUGUUGUUUGGCUUGUGAUGGCCAUUGUGACUGGGAAUAGCUCAGCUGGAGCUUGUUCAUUUUCUCUGCACUAUUGUGUUCAGGUACAAGGUGAGUAUACUGUGUAAUUUUAAACUAAUUAGAAGCGUCAAUGUGCAAACACUGGUUAAAUGUUCACGAUUGUAUGACCGACGCAGUUCGACUGAAGGAGACGAAGCGACCGUGUUCACCCUCGCCAUGUGGGUCGAACACUGUGUGCAAGGAACGUAAUGGCUCCGGGUCCUGCCGGUGUCGGGCCAACUACUCCGGGGACCCGUACACCGGGUGUAGGCCCGAGUGUGUGCUGACCACUGACUGUCCCCCGUCCCGUGCCUGCGUCAGCAAUCGCUGCGUGGACCCGUGUCCCGGCGUCUGUGGCGUCAACGCGCAGUGUCAGGUCAUCAACCACGUCCCGGUCUGCUCCUGCGUGGCAGGUUUCACCGGCAACCCCCUGACCUCGUGCCAACUCAUCCCUCCUUGUAAGCUUUACUAACUCUCUCUCAUUCAUUAUUUGGUACAUUGGUGUCCUAUCAGUUUCAUCUUCUUGUCUGUACUGUUUCUUUUCAUUAACAUUACUAAUUGACACAAUCAUGAUAGUUAAAUGUGUUAUUUUAUUCAAAACUAUUUAAAACAUACUAUAUAACUAGUAAUAACAAAAUGAAUUAGGAGUGUAUUUCAUUAUUUAAAUUUGUAUGUACUAAAUUUGUUUUUUAUAUAAAAGUUUCAAUAAUUCUUUUAUGAUAUGGUACUGUAUUAUAUGACUCCUCUCACCACCUGUUGCCUGAGGUGGAGAUGUAGUAAAUUUUAAAUUAGAGAACACACUAAAAUUAUACAUCAUACAAUAAAAAAAAUAAACAAACACAUUUACUUUAUUUAAGCUUCGAUCUUUCACAAGAGACAAAAUUAAAGUAUCAUGUCUUCAGGCAAAGAACCUCUUGAUCUGGUCUCUUUGCUUACUAUACAGUGCAGAACUAACUGGAACUAUAAAUUCCAACUGCCCCACGGAGGUAAAUUAUGCGUUGCUGUACAUAGGACAGGGGAAGAUUUACAUAUUUUUUGUUAAUAACACACGAUGACCAUUAUCGAUCUGGACUUUAUUUCUUAUCUUACAACAUAAAUAGGACUAAUGUCACUAAGUAGCUGGGAGAAGGGAUCUGAUUCGACCAUCAAGAAAAGGAAUCAUGGAAACGUCAAUACUUGACUGAAUUGAUGUAUUUGUGUUGGUUUUUUUUAUAGCUUGAUGUAUAAUUUUAGUGUCUCCUUGUGUAUUUCAAACUUGAAUACACUUUGAGUUGAUGUAUUAACAUCAUUUUUGCUUUU